AGGAGACAGGGAGGGAUCAUGUUCAUGCCGUCAGCCGGUGGUUACCACAGCCUUGAGCCGAAUCACACUCAGCCAGGUCCAAGGAAAAGGGCGACAAAGUGGCGAAGAGGAACGGCUGACUCGAGCGGCUUUUCCCGCUCCUUGCCACAGGGACCAAUGAGCUUCAAGCACCGCGCUCCGGCUGUGCGGCACAACCAAUAGGGUUCGAGAUCCACCACUGAGGGCCCGCCCCUCCCCUUCCUGCCCGCUUCUCCCCGGCAACAAUCACACCAGCCAAUAGCGCGUCGAGUUGAGUCUCACACACGUUGCCUCCCUCCUGACUUUGCCAGAUUGUUCUUCACGCUGGAGGCAGAAAAUUGGACAGAGAAUUCAGGGACUGACAAGAACCAAACUUGAGACUCCAUCAGAAAUUGGCUCCAGAUUGAUCUGUCACAUCCAGGACCCUGACUCAGAAGCAUGGGACUCCAGGAUUUGAGAUCUCUGCAGCUGCUGUGCCUCUUAGAGGCCAUCUCUUUAUUGCCUUGGACUGAAGCUCUUUUGUGCUAUGAGGCGACAGCUUCAGCCUUCAGAGCUGUGACCUUGCAUAACUGGAACUGGCUUUUGUUGAGGAGCAUGGUGUGUAAGCUGAAAGAAGGCUGCGAGGAGACGAUAGUGUAUAUUGAGACAGGGACCAGUAGAGGAAUUGUGAGUUUUAAAGGCUGCACCUCAGCCUUAUCUUACCCCCCACAAAUCUCCUACCUCGUCUCUCCACCCGGAGUGUCCGUUGCCUCCUACAGCCGUGUCUGCAGGUCCUAUCUCUGCAACAAUAUAACCAACUUGGAGCCUUUUGUGAGACUCAAGGCUGGUGAACCUAAGCACACAGCACCUUCUGCCAAACAUUGUCCAACCUGUGUGGGAAGGCACGACCAGGAAUGUCUUCCAAAUUUUGUCACCACUGAAGCCUGUCCCUUCGCUGCUUCUUCAUGUUACAGUUCCACCUUAAAAUUUCAGGCAGGGAAUCUCAAUACUACCUUCCUCAUAAUGGGCUGUGCUCAUAAUUCAGACAAGCUUUUAGCAAAUUUUCGGCAUAUUGGGAGCAUCAGAGUGACUGAGGUCGUCAACAUCUUAGAAAAGUCCGAGGCUGCUGGAGCAGGGCACUGUAGUCAAGGUCCUCCUUGGAGCAUCCUCUUAGGCCCUCUGCUUAUCUUCAGAGACUGACCACCAGCGAGACUGGAAAAAUACCAGAUCCCCUUGCAUAAUCAAAUAAAAUCUCAGAAUUA